UUGAUCCAUCCAUCCAUCUGUCAAUCUGUGUCUGUCUGUCUGUCUGUUCAUCCAUCUAUCAUCUGUCUGUCCGUCCAUCCAUUCAUCCAUAUCUAUCCAUCUAUCCAUCAACCUAAUCAAUGUAUCUACCAACCUUAUCUCUCUUUCUCUCUUUAUUUUUCUCUCUCCCCUCCCUCCCUCCCUCUCUCUCUCUCUCUCCUUCUUUCUCUCUCUCUCUCUCUCUCCACAUCUCUCCAUCCAUCGUCUGUCCAUCUGCCCCACAGUUAUGACAGUCGCAGUGUCCCGGAUUUGCGCGAUCCCUUUUUGUGACCUUCUGGCGAGCGAGCUUCGCUUAACGACCGGGUGGCUAACUUAACAACCAACUGCAGGGAUUUGCUUAACUUCAAUUUCGCAACUGGGCGGGAUUCACGUAACUACGGGGAGGAAGGUCGUAAAAAGGGUGGGGGGAGAAAAACCUUCACUCAGCAACUGUCUGGCCUAGCGACGGGAAAUUGGGACUCGGUCGUAAGUGGAGGACCGUCUGUCAAGAGAGGAAGUUUUCCAAGCUGGAAGCGUUUGACUGGCGUUUCAGGAUGAGAAUAUAAAAAUACCGGAGGGCGUCAGAGAGCAGAGCGGCAAAAUUUGUUCGUGCUGAAGAACUAUGGAGAGAACCCGGAGGAUUACAACGAGGAGCUGAAGAAACUCGAGCAGCUCCGGCAGAACGCUGUGAACGUCCCCAGGGACUUUGAAGGAUGCAGCAUUUUGCGGAAAUAUCUGGGCCAGCUUCACUACCUCCAGAGCCGGAUCCCGAUGGGAGCCGAACAAGAGGCGGCCGUCCCCAUCACCUGGACCGAGAUCUUCUCGGGCAAGACUGUCACUCACGAGGACAUCAAAUAUGAGCAGGCCUGCAUCCUCUACAAUCUGGGGGCUUUGCACUCCAUGUUGGGCGCCAUGGACAAACGAGUCUCCGAAGAGGGGAUGAAGGUCUCCUGCACCCAUUUCCAGUGUGCGGCGGGCGCCUUCACUUACCUCCGCGACCACUUCCCCCAUUCCUACAGCGUGGACAUGAGCCACCAGAUCCUCAACCUGAACAUCAACCUCAUGCUGGGCCAAGCUCAGGAGUGUCUCCUGGAGAAGUCCAUGCUGGAUAAUCGGAAGAGCUUCUUGGUGGCCCGGAUCAGCGCCCAGGUGGUGGAUUACUACAAAGAGGCCUGCCGGGCUCUGGAGAACUCGGAGACGGCCUCCCUGCUGGGAAAGAUCCAGAAGGACUGGAAGAAACUGGUGCAAAUGAAGAUCUAUUAUUUUGCCGCGGUGGCCCACUUGCACAUGGGGAAACAAGCAGAGGAGCAGCAGAAGUACGGGGAGAGGGUCACGUAUUUCCAGAGCGCCCUGGAGAAGCUCCACGAAGCCGUCCGGCUGGCCAAGGGCCAGCCCGAAACCGUACAGGAGGCACUGAGGUUCACCAUGGAUGUCAUCGGAGGGAAGUAUAAUUCGUCGAAAAAGGACAACGAUUUCAUCUACCAUGAGGCCGUCCCUGCGCUGGAUACUUUGCAGUCCAUUAAAGGGGCGUCGUUGGUCAAAGCCCUCCCCGUCAACCCCACCGAUCCAGCCGUAACCGGGCCGGAUAUUUUCGCCAAGCUGGUACCCAUGGCGGCCCACGAAGCCUCGUCGCUGUACAGCGAGGAGAAAGCCAAGCUGUUGAGGGAAGUCAUGACCACGAUUGACACCAAGAACGAGAUCCUGGAGCAGUUCAUGGACUCCCUCCAGCUGGACCCCGAGACGGUGGACAAUCUCGACAUGUAUAACCACAUCCCGCCCCUCUUGAUGGAGAAGUGCGCCGCCCUCAGCGUCCGCCCGGAGACCGUGAAAAACCUGGUCCAGUCCAUGCAAGUCCUCUCGGGCGUCUUCACGGACGUGGAAGCCUCCCUCAAGGAGAUCCAGGACCUGCUGGAGGAAGGGGAGGCCCAGGAGCGGAAGCUGGCGGAGACCCUGGGCAAGGCCCCGCCCCCUCAGCCCCCGGAGCCCCCCCUCUCCUCUUCCUCCUUCUCCUCCUCCUCCGCCAGCCUGGCCGAGGUGGCCAAGGAGUGGUCCAAGUACAUGGAGGUCCACCGGGCGGCCAGCUUCACCAACACGGAGCUGCACAAGGCCAUGCACCUGCACAUCGCCAACCUCCGCCUGCUGAGCGGGCCCUUGGAGGGGGUCAAGGCCGCCCUGCCCACCCCCAGCCUCUCGGAGGACGACCAUCAAGCCAUCCAGAACCUGAAGCGGAUGCUGGCCAAAGUCCAGGAAAUGAAAGACCAGAGAAUGUCCCUGGAGCAGCAGCUGCGGGAGAUGAUCCAGAAGGAUGAUCUGACCACCUCCCUGGUCACCACCGAUCAGUCCGAGAUGAAGAAACUCUUUGAAGAGCAGCUGAAGAAGUACGACCAGAUCAAGGUCUACUUGGAGCAGAACUUGGCCGCCCAGGAGAACAUCCUCAAAGCUCUGACCGAGGCCAACGUCAAGUACGCCGCCGUUCGCAAGAUCCUGGCCGAGGUCGAGCACAAGUGGAACACAACUCUCCAGACAUUGGUGGCUUCGUACGAGGCCUACGAGGAUUUGAUGAAGAAGUCGCAAGAAGGGAAAGAGUUUUACGCCGACUUGGAAAGCAAAGUGGGGAAGCUUCUAGAAAAGGCCCAGGCCGCCUGCAAAAUGGCCGAAAGCCACCGCCAGCAGAUCUUGGAGAAGGAGAUGAAGAAGAAGACUCCCGCCCGGCCCACCGCCUCGAAACCCACCCUCCAAAAGAAGUCUUCGGAGGCCGAGCUCAGCUGCGAGCCCUUGAGCCUGGCCUCCAUUUCGCUCGCCGACUUGCCCGAGGAACUGUGCAGCCUCCCGCCGGAAGUCCUGGCCGCUCACCUGGCGCAGCUCCCCGCCGAUGCGCUGGCAGCUCUACGUAGCGAGCCACCGUUGCCUGCUGUGGGGAUCCGGGGUCCCGCGGGCGAAGCUUUUGGGGCGGGCCUUCCGCUCAGGCCUCCCUUUCACCCGGGCCAGUUCCCGGUGACCGGACCCCCUCCCCAGCCGUACCACUCCACCAGGGUGCCCGCCGUCUCUGGACACGCUCCUUUCCCCGGACUGGCUCCCCGAAGCUCCGCGCCGCCCCCUUUGCCGAAUUCACAGGUCUACCCGUCGGGGGUUACCGCCACCCCAGGUCCGGCCCUCGUCCCACAACAGCCGGCGUACCGCGGGCCCCCCCUUCCACCCCCGAGAACGUCUCCACAGCACGUACCGAUGCCUCGUCCCGCCCCGGGGUCCGUUUACGGGGCGGGACCACUGGCGCCAUCUAGCGGAGUAUUGCCGGGAGGCCCUCCCAUGCCUUUGGCCACGAGGCCUCCGGCUCCGGUGCCCGCCCCCUUUGUUGCCCCCCAUUUUCCACCGCACACGCAGGGCAUCCGGCCCGCCACCAGCACGGUGGACAGCCUGCAGGCCCCCAUCUCCAGCUGCACGGCUCCGCCGGGGAUGACCGGCUCUCUCCCCCAGUGGACUGGGCCUCCUUCCCAGGGGGGCUUUGUGGGGGGGUCUGCCCCCUACCCUUGUGCCUAUGUCCCGGCGGGCACCCCGCCCUUCCUGCCUCCUUUCUCAGGCCCUCCGCCCCAGCCUGCCUUCCCGGCGCAGAGACCCCUCUGUCCGCCCUCCGAUCGCCCGUCUUGCUUGCCGGCAAGGCCCGCCGUGCUGCCCCCACAGCAGCAGCUGCCCCGCUUCCUGCCUCAGACCCAGCAGCCACAGCCGGCCUUCCCCCAGCCGUACCCCUCUCAGCCCCGCGGGCCACCGGCACUCCCGAAUCCAGUCCCCGUGCAUCCCGCUAGCCAAGGGCAGCACCCCCUCCAGCUGGGACCUCAACAGUAUCAGCUGCCACCCCGGGACCCGCUGCCACCCCACUCGGGCAGCUUAGCCUUCUCCGUCCCGGCUCCCAGAGGCAUGAUGGGCCCCGUCCAGCAGGUGCCCCUUCACCCUCCCGGCACAGCCGCUCCCCUCACGUUCGCUCCUGUCGCUCCGACGUCAGCCCAGCUCCCGGGAGUCCCUGUAGUGCUGGCUGGCCCUCAGCCACCCCCGGUCAGCCAGCCACUGCACCAUGUUCCUCCUGCCCCUAGUCCGGUCGGUGGGGCAGUUCCCCCACCGGCCCCCUCUCCACGCCCCUCCAUGACCCUCCCACCCCCCUGCCUCUUGCCCUCCCAGCUGCCCCCCUCCUCGCUGACUCCCGGACCUGCGUCCGCUGACUCCUGGACCUCCGAGGUCCCAUUCCAGCGCCCAAGCAGCUCCACCGACGACCUGCUGUCCUCCAGCCCCGAAAGCCAGCACGGGGGUCCCAAGGCGCCCGUUGGGCAGCCCCUCCUUCAACCCACCAAGGCCGACGCCAAGGACGGGUGGAAGCCCAAAGCCGUCCAGCUGAUCGAGAACGACCCGUACGAGAAACCCGAGCGUCUUUGGCGCCUCCUGUCCGAGCUGGAACGUUUCCAAGAAAAGGUAUCCCAGUUGGAAAAGACCCCCGCGCCGGGCACGGUCAGCGAGCUGGAUAACAUCUGGAAGGAACUUCAAGAGGCCCAGGAGAAGGACGCCCGCCAACUGUCCAUCGCCAUCGCCCGUUGCUACACCAUGAAGAACCGCCACCAGGACAUCAUGCCGUACGACCGGAACCGAGUGGUCCUCCAAUCGGGCAAGGACGACUACGUCAACGCCAGCCGGAUCGAGGAUCUCUCCUCCUACUGCCCCACCAUCAUCGCCACGCAGGCCCCGCUGGUGGGCACCGCCUCGGACUUCUGGCUGAUGAUCUACGAGCAGAAAGUCUCGCUGGUUGUCAUGCUGGUCUCGGAGCAGGAGAUGGAGAAGCAAAAAGUGGUCCGUUACUUCCCCACGGAGCGAGGCCAGCCCAUGGACCACGGCCCCAUCACUCUGGUCCUCACCAGCCUGAAGGCGACCCCCACCCACCUGGAGAGGAUGUUUACGCUGCAAUUCCGCGAUCAGAGCUUGAAACGGACCAUGAUCCACUUACAGUUCUCCUCCUGGCCGGAGCUCGGCCUGCCAGACAGCAAAAGCAAUCUGCUUCGGUUUAUCCAGGACGUGCACAGCCAUUACCUCCACCAGCGCCCCCUCCACACCCCCAUUGUGGUUCACUGCAGCUCCGGGGUGGGGCGUACGGGCGCCUUCUGCCUCCUCUACGCCGCCAUGCAGGAAGUGGAAGCCGGCAACAGCAUCCCGGACUUGGUUCAACUGGUCAAGCACAUCCGUCGGCAGAGGAAACACAUGUUGCAGGAGAAGGUCCACCUCCGGUUCUGCUACGAGGCGGUCCUGAAGCACGCCACGCAGGUGCUGCAGAGGCACGGGGUGACAGCCGCAGCCUCCGCCAGCAAGCCGGCCAGCAGCAGCUCCCAGAAGGUCUACCUCCAGCAGGACCCCCAGGAUCUGGUCUUGGGGGGCGACGUCCCCAUCAGCUCCAUCCAAGCCACCAUCGCCAAACUCAGCAUCCGGCCUCUCCCGGGCGCUGCCGAGGCUCCCCCCAACGGUCGAGGAUUCGAGCCGGCCUCCUCCGUCCCCCCCGCUGAUGCCGCACUCCCGCCGGCGUUGUCUUCCGCUGCUCCGCGGAUCUUUCCCGAGCCCAGCUGUCUGGAGAGCGCGCCGGCGUUUUCUCCGCCCGCCACACCUGCUCCGACGUUGCUCGAGACGGCGGCCGUUCCAGCUGUAGAGAGGCGGGGCUCCGCAGAAGAGGAGACAAGCGAGGAAAAGACGGAGGGUUUGCCGAGUCUUCCGAGGGUGGAGCCGUCGGCUUCCACGCCGGCGCCGGCCUCCUCUUCCUCCUUGGAGCUCCUGGCUUCGCUCACCCCGGAGGCCUUCACCCUGGACAAUUCGCUGAAAGGCCGGCACAAAGUGAGCAAGCAGAGUUUUUUCCAGCCGCAGAACGGGGAAGGUCUGCGAGGAGCCCUGCCCAGCGACGAUCCUCUCAGCAGGCUGGACCCCCUCUGGACUGUCAACAAGACCUGAGCGGUGGACGGGCGCACCCAUGGCUGCCACGGCUCCCCCCUCUCCGUCCUCCUGGACGCUCGUUACGGGUGGAGUCCGGGGCAAGAUGGUGGUAAAUCGGUCAGCCACUGUGCGGCGAUGCUAACGCCCGAAAGAGUUACUUUUCUGGGUUGCCUUUUUUUUUUCGGUCCCUUUUCAGCCCCCAGGCAAGGCCACUGACCGGGACGAUCUGUCUUGUCUCGGUACGCUUCAGUGGCGGUAGCUGAGACGGGCGGGGAGAGGCGAAGCUGCGGCGCCAGCCCUUGCUCGAAGCUUUGGGGGGCUGUCCUCCAGUCUGAUGGGGGGGGUUUGCAGAGACGAUUCAGCUGUUCAACACACAUAACAUACACACACGCAGCCGUACACACAGCUUAGACCCCUGUUCUACAGCGAGUCAACCCGGGACGAGCCAUUAAAGGCUGGGCUGGGGUCCUUUGCACUGCCCGUUUCCCGCUUUCCCCCCCUUUUAUUAAACUUGGUAUGACUUGAGACGAUUCCAAAUUUGGGGGGGGGCUCCCUAGAUAAGCGGGGAAGCCUUGGUUGAUUCUUAGUGGGAUCUUCGCUUCCUUAGACGGCCCAAUUUGGUUUCCAGAAGGUUCUGUUUCCUGUUGUUUCCCCCCCCUCAAAUGCCUGGACUCUUGACCUAGGGGCCACGGGGGGGGUCCCCCACUGCUUGGGCCAGCAUCCGUUUGGCGACGCUGGAUAGCGUCCCGCGCGCGCGCGCUACAGAACCCGUUUUAACUCGACAACGGCUGUUGAAAAACGGACACAGAAGCCCUCGGUGGACAGUGUGCUUCUCCCCCCCCCCAAAAAAAAUCACUUAUCUCAUGCCCAGAGGAAUGGGGGGGGCAGUGGGACCUCUGAAAUUAGCCCCUCCCUCCUUCCCCGAGAGCAGAAAAGCAGCGGGAGACUGUCGACGUUCCCCGGGGGAGACCUCGGAGGACCGCGCCAUUGCGCUGGUUGAGCGACGCGUUUCGGCCCAACUCCGUUUUGCGUUCGGCCAGUCUUGGGGGGACCUUCCGGUUUAAUUUUUUUUUUUUUUUUUUUUGCUUCUUUUCUUCCUUCUGUACAAAUGUUAAUAUUGGCUUCCUGGUUCCACAUUUCCCAUGUAUCUUAGAACCAAAACUUUUUUUUUUUUUUUUUCAGUUCUUUGCUACGAAGGCAAAUAAACGGAACGUUGGGACACAGCA